GGCAACACUUUUCUUUUGUUUAUUUUGAUAUUGACAAUUUUUGUGCUGGUUGCCCUGGUUGGUUAUGGAAUUGGAAAUGUAGCUUGUCUAUUUCAUUUUGUUAAACUGUAUUUGAAAGUAUUUGAAGUGUACUGUAUUUUAGGAACAACUUAACAUUAUCUAAGUAAUAUAUUGGUCUUCUAGAAUGGAAGAUAUUGUUGUAAAAGUAGAACCAGAUGAAAUAACUAGUGUUGGAGAUCAAGAACUUUUUUCUUCUGAAUCAUCUCAGUCAGAAAUUGCAAUUAAUAAUAAUGAAAGCAACUCUAAUAUUAGCAUAUCAGAUUUUAAUAGCUUAAAUUGCGAAAAUGAGGAAGUUACAUCUGAUACAAAUUCGAAUAACUUGGAUGAAUUUUGUUUCGAAACUGAUCAUCUUGCCUUAAAAGCUAAUAAUGAUUACAAAAAUCUUUUAAAAACGAUAUCCAUACUUGAAGCUCAAAGAUGUCAGGCUAUUAAAGACUUAGACAGACUUCAUGAGCUACAAGAAGAAGCACUGACAGAUCCCAUUGGAUUUGUAGAGCGUUUGCAAAGAAAUGAAGAUAUGAACAUUCCCAGCCCUCAAAUAGUACAAUCUGUACCUGAAAUUGAUUGGACCAAAUAUUCUCUUAAUAACAACAAUACAUCAGCAUUUGGGCGGCGUCAGUUAACUCGAUUAUCAGCUAAAGUAGCUCAAGACUACACAAAGAAUAUUCUGAAAGGAAAGUCCAAUGGUGCAAAUGAUCAGAAGACUCAAAAGACUCACAUGCAUUGGUCCUGUGAAGAACAAAAGCGCUUGGAAGAACUUCUUGUGCAAUUUCCACCUGAAGAAGUUGAAACUAGAAGAUGGGAGAAGAUUGCUAACUGUUUGGAAAAUCGGACUCCUAUUCAAGUGGCCAGUAGAGUUCAGAAGUACUUUAUAAAGUUAAUGAAAGCAGGUAUACCCAUUCCUGGGCGAAUGCCAAGUACAGUUUACUUAAAAAAGGCUAGACGCAAUAUUAUUCGUCAACAGCCAAGUACAUUUUUAGUUUCCCAUUCUCUUCCUGUGUAUAUGCCAGAAGUUGAAGAAGACUAUAGUCGAAAAUUUAAUGCUCCUCUUAGCUUAAGCGAUAGUAAAGAUAUCAAAAUAGAAAUGUCUGCAAAUGAAGAUGAUGAAGAAAUAAACCCAGAGUUAAGGAAUAGCUCUGAAUUUAAUGAGUUAAAAUGUUUAAAGAAAGUCUUGAGGGACAAAUUGAAAACAUGUGGCUUAGCUGAACAUAUAGGAUACAAAUGUGCUCUAUGUAAGGCAAAUCCUAUUAUUGGAGUCCGCUGGCAUUGUACUGUUUGUAAGCCUCCUGAAGCAGUGGAUUUCUGUGAUGAUUGCAUGGAAAGCAAACACGAAGUUGGAAACCAUUCCAGUGAUCACAGACUUGAAGAGUUGCCAAAUGCAGAUUCUGUGAUUCAGGAAAGUAGUUAUUCAAAUUUUAUGGACAAUGAUUAUAAUUAUUUAGAUCCAAAUUACAUGCCUGUUACAUAAAAUACUAAUUUUUUUUUUUUUAAGAAACUUUGUUGUAAAAUAGCUGUUUGUGUGUUUAUUAAAACAGUUUAAUCAAAAAUGUU